UCCAAAUCUAAAAUCCAAACACGCCCUCUCCCUCCCCAAAGCUUGUGGGAAAGUUUACCAAAAUUUGUCACCGGCCGUCGAUCUCCGUCGUGAGCAAAAUGGCUGUAGAUACAGAAGAUUUUACAUCUAUAUUUUUUAAGAAUUUGAAAAUCCAACAACAAGAUCCGCCCCCAUUAUCUAAACCUAGACCCCCCGCCUGGAAAUCCAUCCCCACCGGAACAAAUGCCCCCAUUCCCACUUCUUCUAGAAGCUUUUACAACACUUCUACUGUUUCGGAGGCUAGUUUAGUGAGGUUGGCAAUGAAUGCUCUUCAAGGUUUGGAGUCAUCUCUUAUAAGUAUUGAGAAACUGUGUGCCAUAUUCCGUUCUGAUCCAACAGACAGAACAUUUCACCGAAUUCCUAGUCUGUGGAACCAGUCUGCAAGUACACUGGCUCUUGAGAAGAUACUUCGAUCCAUAGGCUGCGUGGGAUGUGAAGUUCUCCUUCUCCGUAAAUUUAUUAGUCAUUUCACAAAUUUAACUUGGGAUGCCACUUUGAGAAGUAAUAACAAUGCCGAGUCAGAAGUGGAAGCGAACAAUUAUUCUCCAUACAGUCUGGUCAACCAGGCUUUUGCUGUUGCCAUUGAAGAUGUUUUGGAAGGCUACAUUGCUGCGUUGGAUACUUUAUCUUCUUCUGUUGCUUUGAGACGAAUGUCAGAUAAUGAUAGCACGUCUCAUGCUACUUCUACCUUGAGAACUGGCUGCCUUUCUAGUGUUGGGCACUGUGAAGUUACGCUGUUGGAAGUUUACCUCCAUACGAAAGAACUUAGGUGUCAGAUUGAGGCUAUUGGUAGCGUCUGCAAUGUGCAUAGUUUAGCUCUUUGCUUCUCACUUUCACCCCUUGGGGAUUUAGAUUCCAAAACAAAAUUUAGUGACUUCCCAAGAGGUGGAAACCUUCUUACCUACUUGUAUAUGGAACUCAAGGUUGCUGAUCCAGUUCACCGUGCCCUUCUCAAAACUCUCUUUGUUCGUUCAUGUGAACCGUAUUUUGAAUUUAUUAGAUCUUGGAUUUUUAAGGCCAAGAUUACUGAUCCUUAUAAUGAAUUCAUAGUGGCCGACACUGAGAGUCAACAAUCUUAUUCAUUUUCCAACACUGGGGUUUUUAUCGACUUCCCGUCAGCCACCAUCAGGGAGCAAGGUGGAGUUUCUGUUCCUUGUUUUUUGAGGGACUCUUUGAUUCCGCUCUUUAGAGCUGGUCAGCAGCUUCAAGUACUAAUAAAGUUGCUGGAGUUUUCUGAUGGUGUUGGCAGCUGGAACCGCACAUAUGAGGACUUCCUUCCCUAUUGGAGUAGAAUGUCCAGCUCACGUGUGUUACAUGCAUUUCAUAUGGCUUUCACUAAGGAAGGAAUUGAAACGAUGGUACUUGCAAGGAGGGACUACUACAAAGUCAUGAUGGAAAAGCUCAAAAAUCACUUGCCGAACCUAGAAUUUAGAUAUCAUCAGGUUGUUCCGUACUCUACAUUACCCCCUUCUGUUUCUAAUGGUCGAGGAAGUUUGGAAGUUGCACCCACGGAUAAUGGUAGAUCAGUUUCUCCUUCAGCAAAAGAUAUGAAUCAUAAUCUGCCUCUUGGUACAGUGGAGGAUGAUGCAUCUAGCAUGACAGAGGAGUUAUCUUAUAUGGACGAUCCAUGGGAUUCAUCUGAAUGUUCAUUUAUUGAAAGCUCCGAUGAAAUGGUAGAUGAAUCUGAGACCAAUGUCAAGUUUUUGCAUGAUUCAGAAGAACUUGAUAAAAGGUACUUGUCUGCUUUAGAGUUCAUUUCAGACUCCUCUUCUGAUAUUCUACCAAACGAGCCUUCUCAAGGUGAAAACCUGUCCAAUAUGGGAAGUGGCUCGCAUGAAUUAGCAAAAAAGACUGAUUUAUCUAGCUGCUCCGUUGAUCAUCAAUAUUCAUGGAUAUAUACGAAUGGCGCCUCCCUUGCGUUAAACCAGAGUUUGUCACACAUGAUGGAAGCUCAAUAUCCUAAUGAUCAGCUUGAUAGUGGAUGCCCACUUGCCAAAAAUCAUAUGUGUAAUGGCAUAGGAAACAUAGGUGAUACAUGGUUAAAUUCUUAUAGUGACAAGCGCAAAAAUGAUCCAAGUUCGGGAUUCCAAGAAAAUGGCAUAUCACAAUGUGGGGAUUUAAUUCCCAAUUGCCUGGCAAAAGAGGUUGCUAACAAAUCUUUUGGAGAUGAUUCUUUGAGUCUGAGAAGCUUGAGAUCAUGGGAGGUUGCAUGUGAUAACCUAUUACUGGGGACAAAGCUACGGGAUAGAUGUCCCAAAGUUCUUUUGCCUUCUUUUGAAUUUAAGUCUGUUAGAGAUCCUUUUAGUGAAUGUGUGGAUAGGCUAGGCAGUUCUAACAGAGGUGACCAGCUCUUAGUUUCAGCUCAAAGUGCUGCUACCAAGAGAAAUUUCCAUCAUGAAGGCCAUGGCGAUGAUAUCCUAGUUAUCAAGAAGGAUUCAGUCCACACACAUGUACCCUUCGGCUCAGAAACUGAUCUCCAAGAACAAGCGUUGUCACCAAAUGCAUCUGGUGGUGGUGGUUGGGAACAUCUGCUUGAUGGCACUGGCAACAAAAAAGAAAUCCGCUCUAGUGAGCCUAAGACCAGUGUUACUUCAGUUGAGAUACCGUUGGAUUUUGUUCUUGAGAAAUGCCUGUUGCAGGAGAUUCAGCUACAAUAUAUGUAUGUCAGUAAAUUGACAAUUAAGCUACUUGAGGAAGGUUUCUCUUUACAAGAACAUUUGCUGGCUUUGCGGCGAUACCACAUGAUGGAAUCAGCAGACUGGGCAGACUUGUUUAUUGUGUCACUCUGGCAUCAUAAAUGGUAUGCUACAGAGGUAGAUAAAAGGAUAUCUGAAAUCCAGGGGCUUCUGGAACUCUCAGUUCAGAGGUCUUCAUGCGAAAGAGACCAUUAUAAGGAUAGAUUGUUCGUGUACAUGAAAGAAGAAAGCACAACAUCUCUUCCUGGUUUUGCUACUGGCAUACAGUCUUUCAACAUUUUGGGCCUGGGUUACAGAGUAGAUUGGCCAGUGAGCAUCGUCUUGACACCUGGUGCAUUAAAUAUAUAUGCUCAAAUUUUCAGCUUUUUGAUACAAGUCAAGCUCGCGUUAUCUUCUUUGACUGAAGUAUGGUGCUUAUUGAAGGAAUUUAUCCAAACCGCUAACCAAGAUCGUUAUUCUGAUCUGCAUAAAUCAGAGACCAACCAUUUCAAUGUCAUAGUGAAAUUGAGGCACCAUAUAUUUCAUUUUGUAUCAACACUGCAGCAGUAUGUUCAGUCGCAGUUAUCACAUGUAUCCUGGAGCAGAUUUCUACAGUCCCUUAAGCAUAAGGUCAAGGAUUUGACGGACUUUGACUUUGUGCAUAUGGAUUAUCUCAAAGAUUCACAGCACAUAUGUUUUUUAUCAAUUGAUAUGAAACAGAUAGCAGACAUUAUUCAAAGCAUUUUGCAAUGUGCAUUGGACUUCAGAUCUAUUGUUGUUCCAAACAGUUUGUCUGGACCAGAUGGAAGAGGUCCGGUGAACAUCGCUCAGGUUCUCACCAUUAAAGAAGCAUUUAUCCGAAACAUAAGACAAUUAUAUGCAUGCUAUCUCAACUCUCCCAAAAAUGUAGAGUUCAGUCUCCCACGUUUCUGGGAAUUCCUCAAUUACAAUGACCAUUACUCAGAUGUCAUCAACAAAGAAAUGGGCCACAACAUCUUCUCCUUAUAAAACCAUGAGGCUGCAAGAACAUCGUAUAAUGGAACAGUUUUCUCAUUGUUUUUGUGUGUAGUCAUUUUGGUUUGUAUGAUUACUUUUAAGGAAAAUUGUAGCACUAAUGGGAAUUUUAUAUUAAAAGUUCACCCCUCGAAUUAUAUGGAAA